AGUACGUCCUCCUGGUUUGAAACUGGGAUUCACCAGCUGCUCGUUUUAAACGCAAUCUUUACGCGAGCUCACUUCAGUGGUGACUUUAUUCCACACUUGAGCGUGUCGUGACAUCGCGGCGUGACUUGUCGUGUCGGCGCUGAGUGGUGACAACUUUGUGCAGUUGCUGGCAUCUGACAGCAGAGGGGAUGUCCUGCCAGCCCAACGACUCUCCAUGCUCAUGGCUGGCCUGAAAUCUGAACAUCUUCAUGAACCACAGCUCCUCAUUGUUUGCAUUGUAGGAUGCAUCCUAAAACUGGAACGUAACAGCAAGUGUAGUCAAACCAAAACAAGCCACAUGUAUGAAACUCCAUGCAGUGUUUAGGGCUCAGUAGUAAUUAAUGAACUCUUUAUAUUAGCAUAUAUGUCCUGGAAAAGCUGCAUUGUAUUGUAGACAGUGUUCUAAUUAUCCUACAUGGAUGAUGUAGGAAUUCCAGCCAUAGUGACACAUCCUUGUAGCUGUGAUGGCCAAUACCUCCCCUCCAGACAAGGAUCAGCCCCUCCUGCAGCUCCAGGAGGUGGACUACAGUCGCACGGGCUGUCGUGUCCUGUCCCCCAUCCUCAGCGUGCCCUCCCCUGGUCUGUCCCUCGAAAACAGCCAGCCCAUCUGUAUCCCCUCCCCUUACACCGACCUCGGCCAUGACUUUACCACCAUCCCUUUCUACAGUCCGACUAUCUUCUACGCCGGACCGGGUCUUUCAGACUGCUCCUCUGUGCACCAGUCCCUCAGGCCCUCCUUAUUCUGGCCGGGCCAUGGCCACGUGGGCCCGCCCGGAUCGCUGCACCCCUCCCAGGUACGCCCUCAGCACAGCCAGUCUGUCCAGAGUCCAUGGGUGGAGCUGUCACCAGGGGACAGAGACUUGACUACCAGCAAGAGAAGAAGUUCCCAGGAUAGUGAGGAAGUUGUCGGGUCUUCGGGUGGAAAAGCAGACCUUCACUUCUGUGCUGUGUGCCACGACUAUGCUUCUGGCUACCAUUAUGGCGUUUGGUCUUGUGAAGGGUGUAAGGCGUUCUUCAAAAGGAGCAUACAAGGGCACAAUGACUACAUCUGCCCAGCAACUAAUCAGUGCACGAUAGACAAGAACCGCCGUAAGAGCUGUCAAGCAUGUCGCCUCCGUAAAUGCUAUGAAGCUGGCAUGACCAAAUGCAUGCGUAAGGAGCGUGGAAGCUCCAGGAACCAGCAGAGGAGGCGAGUGAGCACUUUGUCUUCACACAGCAGGACUCAUGCAGAAACGGUGCUAGCUGAACCGGCGGCGGGUGCCAUAAUCGAACUCAGCCCCGCUGCGCUGACCCCAGAGCAGCUGAUAGGGCGAAUAAUGGAAGCAGAGCCACCUGAGAUAUACCUGAUGAAGGAUAUGAGGAGACCCCUGACAGAAGCCAACGUCAUGAUGUCUUUGACUAACCUUGCUGAUAAGGAACUGGUUCACAUGAUCAGCUGGGCUAAGAAGAUCCCAGGGUUUAUGGAGCUCGGACUGCUAGACCAGGUGCACCUGUUAGAGUGCUGCUGGCUGGAGGUGCUGAUGAUAGGACUGAUGUGGAGGUCGGUCAACCACCCAGGGAAACUUAUCUUUUCCCCGGACCUCAGCCUGAGCAGAGAAGAGGGCAGCUGUGUGCAAGGCUUUGUGGAGAUCUUUGACAUGCUCGUUGCCGCCACGUCCAGAGUGAGGGAGCUCAAGCUACAGCGGGAGGAGUACGUCUGCCUCAAGGCCAUGAUCCUCCUUAACUCCAACAUGUGCCUCGUCUCUUCAGAGGGCGGCAAUGAGCUGCAGAGUCGCUCCAAGCUGCUGCGUCUUCUCGACGCUGUCACGGACGCUCUGGUGUGGGCCAUUGCCAAAACUGGCCUCACGUUCCGCCAGCAGUACACCCGCCUGGCACACCUGCUCAUGCUGCUCUCGCAUAUCCGCCACGUCAGCAACAAGGGCAUGGACCAUCUCCACUGCAUGAAGAUGAAGAACAUGGUGCCUUUGUAUGACCUGCUGCUGGAGAUGCUGGACGCUCACAUCAUGCACAGCUCCCGCCUUCCCAACAGGAGCCAGCAGCAGGAGCAGGAGCCCUCAGACCAAAAGGAGGUUCCUGCCAAGCUGGAGGGCUCCUGCGGCGCCUCCUUUAAGGAAGGUGGUGCUCAGUAGCCAGCAGAGCACUUCUUGGCUUUAAACGCAUCCAUGCAAUUACUUUUUAUGACCUUCCCCUAAAGUAGGUAAAAAAAAUGACUGUGAUGAGAUGUUUUAUGUAAAAGCUCAAGCUUUUCUUUGCACACUUUAAGGUUUUAAAUCAUUCACGAACAAACUCCUGCAGUAUUUAACAACUUUCCACAUCAAGUCCAACUAGUUUCACUGGUUCUUACUGUUAGAAGAUGAUCAACAAUAUUGACAAUUACAACAUAAUAUUCACCUGAGUGACACCGUGGACAUCCUUUUCAUGGGAUAGUUGCCUUCUUAGUUGGCCGCACUGUUCAUGUCCACUUUUUACAAAGAAAGAAAACACACUAAAAGAUAUAAAACUUCACCUGGAGGUGGUGCCUUAAACCCUGCUAUUUACAUCAGUUUAAAAAAAACAAACAAUUCUCACUCAAUACUUGCCUUAACCUCCUAAUUCACAGACACAAGAGGAAAAAGUGCAUAUCGGAAAUGCUCCAAUUAUAGCAGGGGUGGCCAAAGUGUGACUGUUUUUUAUUGGCCUUUGGCACAUUCUUAAAAAUACAAGAAAAUGGAAAAAAAAAAAAAAAAAGACAAAGAAACAGAGCAUAAAGACAAAAUAUUAGAAUAAAGUCGGAAUAUUAAGACAGCAGUAAGAAAUGUAUAGAAUUUUUAACAGUCGCAAUAUUAUUAGAAACAAGCAAAACAAGGAGUAAAGUUGCAAUGUUAAGAUGUUUGGUUGGGUAAAAGUUAUAAUAUUACAAUAUUAAGGUCAAAAUAUUAUGACAACAAAGACAUAUUAAGAGGAAAAAAUGUAUGAAAAGAAAGUUUAAAUAUUUGUUAAAAUAAAUAAAUUCAUUAAACCAGCAAAAAAUAGAGCAAACAAGCAACAAACAUAAGGAAAUAAAGUUAAUUCAGUCUAAUAAUGUGCGUGUAGAAAAAGUUUGGACACCCCUGAAUUAUAGCCUCAAAAAGGGCGGCGUCCAUCGCAAGUAGGCGAUAAUUGCAGAGAUUUUAAUUUUUUUUAAAUGCGGACGUAGAUAAAGCUGCUGGAUGCUGAGGACUCAUGAUACUUCAAAUGCAGCUACUGACAUUUUGUGAAGUUCAUUAAAAAUAAAAAAUAAAACACGACAUCGGGAGGUUGCCUCCAGCCACAGACCCGCUUUAAUUGGAGCAUUUACUGUAUUGAAUUGUGUGCCUUCAUCCAGAGACCCAGCCAACAUGAUGAACAUCAACAUCAAGUUUAUGUGGUUAAAAUGGCAGACAUUACUAAUCGAUAAAGGGCAGCAUCCGGGAAGAAGUGUGCACGUAGGCUCGCAACCUGUAUCGCCAGUAUUGAACGUGCCUUAAACCUGCAUUUUCACCCUAACUGGCCCGCACAGGGCAACACUGGUGGCUUUGUAGGUACAAACUAUCGUACUGACCCCAAUAUAAGACGGCAUCUCGUUUCAAAAUCUGUUUUUGUCAAUCAUAUUUCAUUUGGAAUAUUUGAAAAUUGGCAUCAUAACUCCUCCUGUGUUUGCGAACUUGCCCAAUCUUUUGAGAGAAUGAAUGUGCGUGUGAGUGACAGGAAGAAAGGCUCUGAUUCAGUUGUGGCACCACCUUGUUGACUUUCAAAUGUGUAGCUGCGGAAGAGAAGAUGGUGCGCCUUUUUCAGUUCUCUUUUCCAGAGAACAAAAAUACCGUCUUAUAUUUGGUUCAAUGACUCAGUUCUGUUGUGUUCUUACCUGAUUAAUGGUAGACUUAAUAGUACAGCAUACAAUAUAAUAGAGCAGGCUGGGCUACAGCGCCAUACUUGAUAUGAUUGCGUUCUAUCGGCUGGUUUUUGGAGGAGUCCACGAUUAAACUGAUCACAAUCAUAUUUUAAUCAGAAAGUGUAAUCUGUCGCUGCCAACGACGACUUGACAUCACAGCAUGACUGCAAUGCCACCACUAGAGGGCACUUUACAACCCUUAUUGCACCUAGCACAGGGGUGUCCAAACUUUUUCCAGCGAGAGAAAUGAUAGGACGCAAGGGCCACGUUGAUAUUUUGGAAAGCAACACAUGUAGCUAUGCUAAGAAGUUAGAUAUAGUUCAAGAAAAAAACUGCAUCUCAGCUUUGCGAUAUCGGUGAAAGAGCCUAUCGUUCCUGUCAACUUCGCUUUUUUUGCUGUUUUUUUUUUUUUCUUUACAUUUUCAAAAUAUUUCACCCUACUUCUGAAAAAAAUCGUCGUAAAAUUUAUUAUUUCUUUUUUGUAACAUUAUUUCUUUCUUCCCAUAAUAUCAGCCAUUACCUGGCGACCAGUCCAGGGUGUACGCCGCCUCUCGCCCGAAGUCAGCUGGGAUAGGCUCCAGCCCGUGACCCUAGUAGGAUAAGCGGCAUGGAAGAUGGAUCGAUGGCUGCUCUCAUAAUCAUUUCACUUUAUUCCCAUAAUAAUAGAACUUUUCCGCAACUUAAUUUUCUAAAAAAUCACAACAUUAUUCUUUGUUUUGUUUCUCAUAAUAUUCCGACUUUAAAAUACUUGCUUUAAUUCUUUAAUAUUUCAACUUUAUGUAACUAAAAUGAUUUUAUUUUUCCUCGUAAUGUUACAAUGUUAUUCUCAUAAAUUACUUUCUCGUAAAAUACUUUUUCCGCUUAGAUGACAAGUUUUUUUUCUCCUAAUAUUAUGAUUUAUUCCUGUAAAAUUACUGCUGAAUUGUUGUUUUUUAUUUUAUUUUUUAAGUUUUCUUGUUAAAUUAUAUUUUUAGAAAAAACUGGCCCCCGGGCCGCACUUUGGACACCCCUGUCUCGCUGUACUGUUUCAUCCGAUUGUGGCUGUUUUUCUUGUUGUUUUUUUUUUGUCAAGUUUGUAACCACUGCUGCUCUUUAAGACAAAGUUGCACUUACUUGUUGAAUAUCUAAUUUGGAAGAAGAGAAAAACAUCCUAUUUUUGUAUCGCCUUGCAGCUAGUGAGUGCUAUUGUGCGUAUUGUUAAAAUGUAACUUUCACUGAAUGUUCUGUGGGGAGAAAAAAAAAAGAAAUCAAGGUUGAACAUUUGUACAGCUUUGUACUGUUUUAACACGACUGCUUCAUAUCUGGCGUUUACUUAGUAACAUUUGAAGACUGCUGGGCGGAGUGAUAAUCAUCUUGCAAAAAGACUUUCUAAGUACCAAUACCCGGGAAGCAGUUCUCUUCACUGUGAUUUGCGUAUUUGUCAUAAACAAAGCGGCAUUGUUACACAGACACUAGUGAUGCUUUUUCAUGUUUCUUGUAAAUGUCAACAUGGAUGUGUUUUUAAAUGAACACGGUACACCCAAAUAAAUACAUGAUUGUGGAAUUGGGGGGGAAAAAAAACGUGUUUUCACAUUUUUUCCUGCUGAAAAAUGGUUGCAAUGAUACCAUGGAUUCAGUUACAUAUGAUUCUUUGCUUAGUUUAUGAUGUUAUAGUAUCUAAAUACUGUAUCAUUAGUCAUAAAACAAAGCUACUCAAUGAUUCUUUAUAUGACAGGAAGUACGUACAGUCAUCCCUCGUUUUGUGCAGUUAAUUGGUCCCACACUCGACCGUGAUAAGUGAAUUUCCACAAGGUAUGAUUCUUUACUUAUAUAUGGAAUAUUUUCAUAGUUGGAGCAUAAAAAACUGUUUACAACCUUCUAAAUGCAGAUUUUAACAUUUUAACAACAACAUCCUUGACAGGAAAUAACACACCUAAAGUCACCUUUACACUCAUAUUAGCUGGGGCUGCGCCGAUGAGGGUUUUAUGCUGCCGAUUCCAAUCGUCCAGGACUGAAAUCAGCCGAUACUGAUCACAUGGAUUAAUUUUUCACUUUAUUUAUGAGUGCUAUUGGCCGGGGGUGCCGUAUAAAGGGGAGACGUCAGGACAACUCCAAGGUCCAUUGA